AAUUUUAGCCUAAUUCAAAAAUCAAAAUCCGAUCAUCGACAACUUGUGAAUUUUCGGAGAAGAAGAAACGAGAACAAAAGAAAGAAUCUCGGCGAUGUCGUGGUUGAGAUCGGCGGUGAACAAAGCAGUUGAAGUCGGCGGGAAGAACAAUAUCACCCGCACCGUUCGCAAUUACGCUGAUUCCGUCGUCCUUACCGCCGGCAAUGCCGUUUCCGAAGGCGCCAAACUCAUCCAGGAUCGCAUCGGAUCGAGGAAUGUGAAGAGCUUUAGUCUCGCGGUGAAGAGAUUAGAAGAGGUUUCGGUUUCUUCGAGAGGAGGCGAGAGAGUGCAGUUGUUGAGAAGAUGGCUUGUUGCUUUGAAAGAGAUUGAGAGAAUGUCUUAUUCUUGUUUCGAUAAUAACAAUCACAAAACCGAUGAUCAUAAUCAACCUUAUUCAGAAGAAGCUAAAGAUUCUCCUAAAAACUUCAGCACCGUUUAUUACGUUGAUCCUGGUCUUCCCGGUGAGCCAAUGACUUUCCGCGAUGUGUUUCUUCAUAGCGAGGCGCUUGAAGGGAUGGUCUUGUCUAUGAUUUUGGAAGCACCCAAUGAGGAAGAAGUCCAGCUGCUUUUGGAACUGUUUGGGCUCUGUUUGUCAGGAGAGAAGGAAGUUCAUGAAGCAGUGAUUCAAAAUGUGCAGGACUUAGCAACGGUGUUUUCGAAAUACAAGGAUGAAGUUCUAGCAAAGCGCGAGGAACUGCUUCAAUAUGUCCAAGGUGCUAUUGGAGGGUUAAAAAUUAGUGCUGAUCUUGCAAGAAUAGAUAUUGAAGCCCAUAGUCUGAUGGAGAAACUCGAUAAGACGAAGGUCAAGGUUCUCGAACACGCUUCUAAUGAAGAUGCUUCAAAAACUGCUGCAUCAACAGAGGCUCUCCGGGAAAUUCUUGAACAAGUUCGCACUUUUACAAAACUAGAAGCACUCUUGCUUAGGAAAAAAUCAUUACGCAAUGGUGAUUCCCUUCAACGCCACAGUGAGAAGGUCGAUAAACUAAAAGUUCUGUCAGAAUCCUUACUCAAUUCAACCUCGAAAGCCGAAAAGCGAAUCGUGGAUCAUAGAAGCCAAAAAGAAGAAGCUCUAAGCUACCGAGUUUCUAAAACUACUGAAGUUGGUCAGCUGGAGAAGGAUGUAGCUGCAGAAUUAAAAAAACUUGAGAUUUUGAAGGAUGAUCUUGAAGCUGAGCUGAAAAGGGUCAACACCUCAAUAACAUCUGCCCGGGCUCGCCUUCGCAAUGCCCAAGAAGAAAGAGAGCAGUUCGAUAAUGCGAGUAACGAAAUUCUUAUGCACCUGAAGUCAAAGGAAGAAGAGCUGACUCGUUCGAUAACUUCAUGCCGAGUAGAGGCAGAUGUUGUAAAUAAGUGGAUCAAAUUUUUGGAAGAUACCUGGAUUCUCCAGUCUAAAUUUUCUCAACAAAAGGAAAACCAAGUGAGUGGUGAGAUGGAGAGAUAUAGUGACCAUUUCAUCGACCUAAUUGUUCAACUCCUAUCUUUCUAUAAGGAACAAUUGGAUCCUUCUAUACCGAAAAUCCGAGGAGUCGUGGAAAGUUUGGAACCAAGUAAAGGGUUAGAAGCAGAGAAAAUCACAGACAACAAGGAUACAAAGCCAUUCGAUUCUAGAAAACAGCUUGAGAAGGAGUAUCUCGACCUCGAAGCUAAGUUUGUAACAACAUUAAGUGUGGUGGAUGCGAUGAAAAAGCCAUUCUAUUCGCAAACAGAAGGUAUCUCCAGGAAAGACGAUAAAAGAGUGAAAGAACUAUUUGAGGUAUUGGACAAAACAAAACAAGAGUUUGAGGCUAUCGAACGCCCGCUUUUGGAUAUUGAGUCUCCUUCUAGAACCUCAUCAUCUUCACGCUCACCGUCCCUGAAAAUGACGCAUGAGACUCCACUUUCCGAUACAGUCCUGAAACUUUCCGGUGAUGAUGAUUCACCAGACAGUAAAAAAGGGUCUUCAGAGAAGGAAGAAGACCCGGCAAAGAAACAACUCGAGUUGGAACUGGACGUCGAGGGAGAAGAGUUCUUGGCAGAUGAAAUCAAUGACUGGGAAUUCGACGCUCUUGAUGAAACUCUCACCUCAAAAACCAGUAGUUGAUCUCCCAAAUUUUGCAAUGGUAAGCCACAUUACAAGAAGCUUUCAAAAUUCACAUGUUUUUAGGUAAUAUACAUUGUAGAUGUUA